UGUGGUGUGUAUAAAAAAGAAAAGUUCUUUAAAACAACGUUAACAUUGACACAAAAAGUUUAUUAACAAAAAAUUUCCCCUGGGAAGACUCGAACCAGCACCACAGCAGAACAUUGCAUCUAAGUGCAACGCGCUAACCAACUGGGCUAUCGAGCUUCCUGCAUUGAAAAUAAUAUUUUGUGGAGAAUAAAACAUUGGUUAUCAAUCCCUUCGAAGUCUUCUUUCGUUCUCAAGUUAUUUACGAUUUUGAAUAUUAAAAUUAAAAUCUUAUGAUGUUAUAUAUGAAGGGAAAUGUUUUCCAAAAGUGAAUAUCUGAAGUUGUUAAUGAUUGGUGAUCGUGAUGCAGGAAGAGUAGAUUUAAGACACCUCUACAUAUACAACGAAUGUCCUGAUAUGUAUGGCAUAAGUGACUUCCUGUUCACAAACGUUACGAUCAAUGGAGAUCAAGUCCAACUUCAGAUUUGGGAUAAUGUUCAUGGACGUCACCGAUUGGUAUAUACCCCUUGUGCAAGAGGUGCUUUAGGUGUCCUCUUAGUUUACAACAUAUCAAGUCGUGAAAGUUUUGAUCAUCUCACCGAUUGGCUUUCUGCACUUGAAAGGGUACCUAAAGAGGAUGUAGUUAUCACUUUGGUUGCAAAUGAAGUUGAUUCAGAACAACCUAGAGUUGUGACAACAGAAGAAGGAAGAAAAUUUGCAAAAGAACGCAACUUGUUAUUUAUAGAAACGUCUGUCAGAAGGAGAGUAAAUAUAAAUGAGAUGUUUGAUUUGACUAUUAACAACGUCAUAGAGACUUGCAAAAUAAAGGGAAUAGAUCCUCUUGCUUUUGGUAGAAGUAAAAUGAUGCAACACAAUGCUUCUUAUAGUAAACAAAGCAAAUGUAACAUUUAGGUUUAAUAAUGGCCGUAUUUUCCUGUAAUAACCAGCAUGUUCAUUCUUUUUUAGCUGUUAAUAAAUAAACUAACAACUUUUAAAAAGGAAUCAGCUGAAAAAAACUAACAGUGAAUGAUAAAUAUAUACACAAAAAAGCAAAAUAA